GGAAACAAAUCACAAACCAAGAGAAACCUUACUAAACUGCUCGUAGAAAGUGCGUUUAUUAGUGCUCCUUUAGCAACUGAAUUAAUCAAAGAACGGCCAAUAUGGAGUGGCUAUUCGGUAAGCGAAUGUCCCCGGACGAAAUGAUGCGCAAGAACCAGCGGGCGUUAAACAAAGCGAUGCGAGAUCUGGAUCGGGAAAAGAUGAAAAUGGAACAGCAGGAAAAGAAAAUCAUCGCUGACAUAAAAAAGCUGGCCAAGGAAAACCAGAUGGACGCGGUCAAGAUCAUGGCGAAAGAUCUGGUCCGGACGCGUCGCUACGUACGGAAGUUUAUGCUUAUGAAGGCUAACAUACAAGCGGUGUCGCUGAAAAUACAGACCCUCAAAUCCCAGAAUGCGAUGGGAGAAGCAAUGAAGGGUGUUACGAAGGCAAUGACCAACAUGAACCGCCAGCUCAACCUGCCACAGAUUCAGAAGAUCUUGCAUGAGUUCGAAAAGCAAUCAGAGAUAAUGGACAUGAAGGAGGAAAUGAUAAACGACGCGAUGGAUGAUGCGAUGGAGGACGAAGGCGACGAGGAAGAGACCGACGCAAUCGUGUCGCAAGUGCUUGACGAGCUGGGUCUUCAGCUGAAUGAUCAGCUAUCCGGUUUGCCGCAAGCGUCGGGUUCGUUGGCGGUGACCGGUACGAAAACUCCUCAAGCAGCUGCAGUUGGAGCUGCCGGUGGUUCCGGUGGAGCAGGAUCUCCCGUUUCGGAUGCCGAUGCCGAUCUGCAGGCCCGACUGGAUAAUCUCAGAAGAGAGUAGUAGCGUAACAAGCGUAAUAGUUGUGUAUGCAAUUCGGUUUGCGACCAUUCACUCUGGCAUCGCAUACGGCAACGACGGACGACAAGCAGGAACUUUUUUUAGCUAUUAAGUUGGAUGUUUUGUUUGAAUGCGUCUGUGUUUUAAUUACAUUUUAGUUUGUACUCUGCUUAACGCUUCUUUUCGUAACCUAUGAAUGAAUGUAAAUAUGAGAAUAAAUAGCUCGACGUGAUUUGAAUCU